AUGUGGCUCAGUCAUCCUUAUUAUAUUAUCCGGAAGGCGUGCGCUUUCGCAAUUAGCGGCGGUGCAUUCCUCGACUAUGUGGCCGCGGACGAGCGCAAUGGUGGAACAAUUAGAGGGAUCGAUGAAUGGAGAGAGGGCGCGCGAGGCGGCCGCACCGGAGCGCGCUUGGCCGCCUUCCAAUCAGCAAUGACGGUGGAGGAGCAUUGCUAUGGAGCCGUUGGCUUCACGGUGUACCCUCGCGUAAACGCGACCGUUGGUGCAACGAUUGAUUUGUAUGCGCCGCGCUGCGACCGCGUGAGGCCGCGCCCGGUUAUUGCCACGGGGAGACUCGCGCGCGUAGGC